UUUGGUUCGCAGCGGCAGCAGCGCAGGAAUCAUCGCCACCGUGGUUUUCUGAACGCUACUAGCCGACCCUACGUUAGCGAGAAGAAACGGUUCCACCUGUCCCGCUGCUAGUCGCGUUUGCUUCGAACGCCGUCGCUGCUCUUGCCGCCGGUGCCUCCCCAAAAGAGUCCCGCCCUGCUGUCGCCGUCAGACUUGUUUGGAUAGAUGUCUGAAGACCGUCUCAACGCUGUGCUCACUCGGCUCGCGGGACUUCGAGUGGCUCGAGAUCACCUCGGCAGUGUGACAACCAUGUCAGUGCCGGAGUUGGCUGCGUUGGUGGACCGGCUGGAGCAGGUGGCCUUCCGGCUGGAGCGAUGCGAAGGCCAGGCCUUCGGAGGUGGAGGAGGUUCUCCUGCCGCACGCCUUUUGCAGCGUGGCACCUCGGUGGAACUGGUGUCAGCCUCGGUGCAGGGUUUCGAGGCUCUCCUCAGAGGACCCGUGCAGGCCUAUCUCAGCCUCAGCCGCACCAUUGGUGGAGACGUCCAGACUCACGCAAGCAUGGUGGAGAAAGCUUUGAUGACGCAGCGACAGUUCCUAGGUGUCGUGGCCAAGUCUCGACAGCCUGACAAGCAUGGCCUCGUCACUCUUCUGCAACCAACGUCGGAGCAGAUUCAAGCAAUUCAGGAUUUCAGGGAGAAGAACCGCACCAGCAAGCUUUUUAACCACUUGUCGGCGAUCAGCGAAUCCAUUGCGGCUCUAGGAUGGGUGACAGUUGCACCUGCCCCAGCUCCGUUCAUCAAGGAGAUGAGCGAUGCCUGCCAGUUCUACACCAACAGGGUUCUAGUAGACUACAAGGAGAAGGACAAGACGCACGUGGACUGGGCCCGCUCGUGGCUCACCGUGCUCUCGGAACUUCAGGCCUUUGUGAAGGAGCACCACCUGACUGGUCUUGUGUGGAAUCCAAAGGGUGGCGAUGCCAUGGCACUGGCUGGCAGUGGUGCAGCACCAGGAGGCGGUGCUGGAGGUCCUCCUCCACCGCCGCCACCACCGCCAGCCGAUUUCAUGAACAACCAAAUUCCUGCUGAGGACCCCCGAGCUGCCCUCUUCAGGGACCUCAACAAGGGAGAGGACAUCAGCAAAGGGCUGAAGAAAGUGAGCAGCGACCAGAUGACCCACAAGAACCCCGCAUUGCGCUCACAGGCACCUGUGGCACCAAAAUCUGCGCCGACGCAGCAAGCCUCGCGAUUUGGCUCUAAGCCUUCCCAGGAGAUCACCAAGCCUCCCAAGCUGGAACUAGAAGGAAAGAAGUGGUGUGUUGAGUACCAAGUGAACAACCAGGGCAUCGUGCUCGAUCAGACCCAGAUGAACCAGUCUGUGUGCGUGUAUAAGUGUGUCAACUCUGUCAUCCAGGUCAAGGGGAAGGUGAACUCCAUUGUCAUUGACUCUUGCAAGAAGACGGCCGUGGUGUUUGAGGACAUUGUGUCGGUGGUGGAGUUCAUCAAUUGCCAGAGUGUCAAGGCGCAGUCGAUGGGCCGGGUGCCCACCAUCGCGGUGGACAAGACGGACGGCGCGCACAUCUACCUGUCAGACAAGUCUCUGGACGUCGAGGUGGUCACCUCCAAGUCGUCCGAAGUGAACGUGUCUAUACCCACGCCUAGUGGAGACUUCAUGGAGAUACCAGUUCCGGAGCAGUACAAGUCCACCUGGAACGGCAAGGCCUUGACAACGUGCGUCAUCGAGAAGGCAUAAGACUGCUCUAACAGGAGGUGUCGCACGUCUUCCAACACCUCGUCCUCUCUGCGGCAGAUAAGGAGCAAGCACCCGCUAAUCAGUGCUUACGAUAAAAAAGAGAAAGUUCUAAAAAAACAUCCUUUUCUGCCACAGUACACGACAAAGUGUUUCUGCUGUCAUGGGCCAGACAGCGUGCAGCAUUACGAGCAAAGUUGCGAUGGCCCAAGUUUUUUCUCUCUAUUUAUACGCGCAUGAAGUGACCUCGUCAAGUGAUGACCAGGCUGAUCCGACUUACCCUCGACAUUUUGCACUUUUACACUCGCCUUUCUCCUUAAAUUUUUUUACCUAGUCUGUAGGGGUGUGCGAAUAUUCGAAAUUUUAAUUAUAAUUCGAUUUUUCCUGAUAUUUGACCAUCACAAAUAUCUGUGCGUGUUUUCAAAUACUUGAACGUUGCUUGCUCAAAUAUACGAAAGUAUUGAGUAUUCGAGUAGGUAAUAACUCGUCCUAUGAAUUCCGCUAGCUGUAAGAACACGCUGAUAUAUCCAUCUAUAAAACAUAUGAAGUCGAAGCUUAGUUUCGGUGGAGCCCCAAUCAUGGUCUUUGUAGAGCCUAGUAUGUCAGUUAUCCUAGGGGCUCCGCACUCCAAAUUAUGCACGUCAGUUUUCUCUUGUACACUUGCUCACUACAGGACUUUAUGACCACUGUAACACCUGUGGAAGCAGUGAUAUCAAAACGCAUACGACACAGCACUCUUGGCAUGCUUGCACUUUUAAUAAGUAAAGAUCCGUUUCAAGUUAGCCUUUUAUAGUGUUGGAAGUGUUGUCGUGCUUAGGGAGCGCUUAAUUUCUGUUGAACAGUUAAUUUUGCCUUACGGUAGCUGCCACCUAGUGCAAUGCAGUUAACAGUUCCAAGACCAUUUAAUUUAAGACAUCUGUUAAUGGUUCAUUUGUAUUCAAUUCUUGCGAGAAAACUUCAAUAUUUGCAUACUCCUACUAGUCAGAGAUGGGCAAACGUGUAAGCAAAAUCAUCCUAGUAAUCAAAUGUGUGGACCGACGUGAUUCUGAAGUGCUUUUUCUUUUUUCAAGCGAGACGUGUGCGUGGAGAUUGUUCGAGAAUUGCAAUCGAUUGCUCAAUAAAGACAUCUGGGAUGGGAA